GUUACAAUUCUCUUUAAUUGCACUGAAAACUUAUCGGGCUGAAUAUUCAAGCAAUAUGGCGGAAAGAGCGUAGUGUAGGCAAGCACGGCGUUAAUGGUGAGUAGGGCAGAAUACGAUGGCCGAGGCGGGUAGAACAUCACAGAGGCGCUUCACUUCGCCGAAUGGAAGCACUAGAUCGGGCCGCAGUCGAAUGGGAGAUGAUAAGGAAGAACUCAUAGAGCAGUUGCGGCGCUUUAGCAGCGUUUCGCAGGAGGAUUUUGAAAAAAUGCGACUAGCGGAAAAGGAAGACGAUUUCUUCGCCAUACGCAAGGCAACGGACAUUACGGACCCCGAUACAAAGAGCGACCCGUGUCCUCCACUUCCAAUUAAAUUGAUCCACGGAACGUUCCGGCAUAUCCUUGGAGUUCGCGAAGCUUGUUCUAAACAAGGCACGUUUCUACAGAGAACAAUUGAACUCAAGCGCAAGCCUGGGGAAUCUCUAGGGUUUUAUAUUCGGCAGGGAGAUGGUUGGGAAAGAGAAGAUGGAAUCUUUGUAUCAAGAGUCGUGCUCGGGACUGAUGUAGAUGUUUUCGAAUUGCUUCGCGUUGGGGAUGAAAUAGUGAAAGUGAAUAAAGUUGAUGUAAGAACGAUGGGGAUAGAGGAUGUAAGCGCUCUCAUGCAAAUGACGCGUCGUCUCAUACUUACUCUCAAGGUUUUAACUCCUAUUUCGUCAAUGAAUCGGAAGCUAGCUAUGAAAGAUGGAACAAACGCAAGCACUAAAUCGUCCACCGGUACUACGAAAACGUCUAGGUCCGCUUCCCUUCCGGCUAGUGCACAUAUGAUGGUGCGUGAUCGGGGAGGUCGAAUGGUUCCUGAUCGCAGAUAUAGCACAGCAUCUCGGCUAAGCCACGAAGCAAACUACAAAGUAGCAAAUUUGGUAAUCGGACGAAACAAGGACGCUCUACCUAGCGCUGGGAAUGCAACUGCGGCGUCGCCUGUUACUACACCUCCGCCAAGGCAAACAUCAAGGCGCAGCACUAAAUCCCCCGUGCACGGGAAGCGAACGCUCUCUCCGAUCAGGGAAUCAACUACGGACUUGGGGCAUUCAGACGUGGACGAAAGAGCUCGUUCUAGCAGGGCUGCUAGCGUUGUAAGCUGGUCAGAUCAAUUUUAUGGCUACGGCGGUUCUACCAGCCCUGUAAAACACAAACCCAACGAUCGAAGGAAAUCGGAAGCCUCCGGAAUACGACCUAGAUGAAACUCGUGUAAACUAGUAAAUUUUUUAUCGCUCUUGAAGUGAUAAUUGGAAGAAUAUAUUGGAAUUUGAAAUUUUGGGAAUUGUGCCGUGGGCCGUGUGGAUGGAAGUCGGUAAGAUCACUGGAAUUAGGUAAAGCAAGCUUGGUGGAAAUCUUUCUGUUUUAUUUGGAGUCGGGUUCUGUGGAAUUUGCUAGCUAAAGAAUUGUGCAGGAUCCUGCAAGCUGCCCCGGAACCCAUACUACCAGCUGUAUGCCGCUAUGCAAAGCGUCUUCCAAAUUCCCCAUUUGUAAACACGAAUGAAAUAACAUCGCUCGGACAGCUUUCACAUGGAUCUAGCAGCUUUUAAAUCUUCUCGCUCCGAAGUCUGGCCCACUCUGGAGAGCGAAGACCAUGUGAUCAGAAAUUUGUUUACGCCAGCAAUCUUUAUGGCGUUGAUUCUGUGGUGUUCUGACACUGUUUUUCAAUUUUAAUCGCUGAUUUCCAGUUCCUACUGACUUUGCAAAUAGUACUGGUGUUUUUUCCCCAGGCUUUUUAUGAUGUUUGCAAGUCUGCUGGUAUUUGAAGAAAUCAAGCCCACUGUGGAGUUCGUUAUGUAAAACAAUUUUAACUUUGCUAGUACAAGUUAAAUACUGUCUAGCACUGUUAUUUAAGCUUUAACCGAAAAACGAACCAAGCAGAGACCAUAAAAUUAUUAGAAUGUCCAACCGUAAAUUCACGGCUUACAUUUUCAUACUGACCACAACUCAAGCUGUUAAUACCUUUAAAUUGUAAAUGCAUUCUUGUAGCUGGCAAAAUUUUGAUCGAAUCAGUUGAUAAAGGAAAUCAGCCUUUUUAA